AAAACGUCAGCGGAAGGCCAGACUGUUCCUCUACAUCAUGAGGGGCUUCGUUCUCUAGACCAAGAUAUCCAGACGCAGGUAUACACCAGGUUUUCACGCGACGCGGGUUCCUGCGGUGAGGGGCUGCAGAUAUGGCUCCGAGCAAAGAAUCGGCGCCCAAGCAGCUCGAUUUCGAAACACAUCUCGCGGUGAAGCAGACCGCGCCGGAUGUCUUCACAAACGUCCAUGAGCCAUGGGUGUUUCACAUCACGAGUACAUAUCCGGGCCCGUUGAUGAUGGCCCAGGCCGCAGCGGCCGCGUGGAAGACAGUCCCCGAUGGAUUCAUGCUGGACUCGCUGCAGACGCACUUCAUGCUGGCACCCAGCCCGCAAAGGCCGCUGACGUACAAAGUGCAGCGGAUAGGCAACGGCCGACGAUUCGCGGUGCGGAUCGUGAACAUCGCCCAGGAUGAAAAGAUCUGCGUUACCAUCACCACGAGUUUCGUCAACGAUGCGCCCUGGUCGGGGCGAGCCAUGACGCACGCGGUGCCGAUGAGGGUUGAUAGACGCAAGCGGGAGAUCACUCUGGAUGAUUUCGAAAUGGGCCGUACGAAGCGAGGACCGUUUAUGAAGUUCGAGAGACUGCCGCAUGUGCACCAAGACCCGAAGAAUCCGGCCACCACGAUAGCCCCGAUAGUUGCACAGAUCGCUCCGGCCAUCUCGUCGCCGAGAGGCACCGCUGCUCACGUUCUCGGUGUCGUCCACGUAUCCGACUACCACGUCAUGGACUGUCCGCUGUCCAUCCACGGCGUCCCGCACGGGUCCUGGAGAAUCGGAGACCAAACCAAGACACCGCUGCCAUCCGCCAUGAAAAUCAUGACCAGUCUCAACCAUACGAUCCACUUCCAUACCCACGAUGGCUUCCGGGCUGACGAGCUGAUGUAUAUCGAGGUUACAUCCCCGUGGGCGAAGGACGGGAGGGCGAUGAUCAACUCGAGGAUUUUCAGCAAGCAGGGUCUGCUGAUUGCGACUGUCAUCCAGGAGGCUUUCUAUGUCUUCAAAGAGGACGCUGGUGCUAAACUCUGAGGAAGGACAUUGCAACAAAGACCCAGGGUGGAGGAAGGGGAUAGAUGAUAUAACAAGUUCCGAAACAUAUUUCUGCAGAUUUAGAAGCGUGUCAGUACUGCCCCCAGACAAGAGGUCUUAUGAGAGGGAGAUCUGAUGUGUCCACUAUGGUAUUGAGUAAAGAGGGGACAGGUUAAGGAGA